AUGGUGGUAUUUAUACUUGUGAUUUCCCAUUGGAACGUGUUGUUUAAUGGUGUUCAACCCGUCUUGAGACAACAAGUUCUUUCAGAAGGUGAACUUGUCUCUGUUCAAUCCCGUUUCAACUAUGCCUGGGGUCUUAUCAAGUCUAAUAAAGUUGAUGAUCAAAGAUUAGGUGUCAAGAUAUUAACUGAUGUUUUCAAAGAUUCUCCACAAAGAAGAAGAGAAUGUCUUUAUUAUCUUUCAAUAGGGACUUAUAAAUUAGGUGAUUAUGCUGAUGCUAGAAGAUAUUCAGAUGCUUUGGUUCAGCAUGAACCUGAUAAUCAACAAGCCCAAGCAUUACAAAAAAUGAUUGAAGAUCAAAUUUCUAAAGAUGGGUUAAUUGGUAUUGCCUUGAUCUCUGGUGUUGUUGCAGCUGGUGCCACUGCAUUAUCAUUAUUCUUGAGAAAGAAACGUUGA